AUGGCGGUGGUGCUGUGGGAGUGCUCCUCAUCAGGCCCCUCCGAGCCCCGUUCUGCUUCUCAGGAGUUCCCCUCGUCAGGCCCCGCCGAGCCGCCUUCUCCCCCGCAGGAGUGCACCCCGUCGGACCCCGCUGACCGCCGUUCUCCCCCGCAGGAGGGGGACAGCGACGGCAGCGACGGGGGAGACGCGGUGCCGGAUGGACACUCCCAGCUGUCAGCCUACGAAAGGAAAAGACUAAAGAACAUUACAGAAAAUGCUAAAUUCUUCGCUUCUCUAAAGCUGCAUGAGUCAGCUGCAAGGCUUAACCAACUCACAACUAAAAGGCGGUCUCAUAUCACUAAAAGGUACAAUGACAGUAGAGCCAAGCCCAAGAAGGCGGAGGAUGAGCCGGCCCGGCGCCGCUCCAGGCGCCUGCUCCGGGUGGAGCCGUUGGACAUUCCCCUGCUGGAGUCGCUCGCCCCGCCAGCGCCAGAGGAAUAUCCCCAGGUUCCAGCUGGACCUUUGCCCAUGGUUCCAGAGGAUCAGGCAGAGAGCAGUAAAUGGACAGAGACCCUACUGAGCACGUGGAUGAGGAUAAGCGAGGUGAACACAGACCAUGCUGACUGGGGCACACCUGACAUAAAGAGGUACCAGGAGAGCCUGAGCAGCAUGGUGCUGAGCGAGGAGAACGUCAGGAAGGUGGUGAAGGCCCGGGUGUGUUCCAUGGCCAUCCACCCUUCCCAAAGCACCAUCCUUGUGGCAGCUGGAGACAAGCUGGGGCAUGUUGGCCUCUGGAAUGUGGGCUGCAGGGCUGAGGAGGGAGCCCACACCUUCAUCCCCCACAGCUUCCAGGUCAGCUGCAUGCACUUCUCCCCCUGCAACCCUGCUCACCUGCUGUCCCUGGGCAGUGACACCCUGCGCUGUGCUGACGUCACCAGGGCUGUCUUUGACGAGAUCUGCAGGAGUGAGGAAGACUUCUCCUGCUUUGACUUCCUGGGAGAGAAUGCCUGCACUGCCAUCGUGAGUCACUGGGAUGGAGGCGUGGCUGUGGUGGACAGACGGACCCCAGGGGUGUCCCCGGAGCUCUCUGCAGACCUGGGCUUCAGGAGGACACGGACAGUGCACGUGCACCCGCUGAACAGACACUAUUUCCUGGCUGCUGGCUCCCUGGACGUUUGUGUUUUCGAUGUUCGGUACCUGAAGGCCAAGGGGAACAAGCCCCUGAGCUCUCUGCCAGGACACACCAAAAGUGUGGCCUCAGCCUAUUUCUCACCUGUCACUGGGAGCAGGGUGGUCACAGUGUGUGCUGAUGACAAGCUGAGGGUCUACGACACCACGUCCUUGUCAUCCACGGUCACAUUGCUGAGCUCCAUCAGACACAACACCAACACGGGCCGCUGGCUGAGCCGCUUCAGGGCCAUCUGGGACCCCAAGCAGGAGCACUGCUUCCUGGUGGGCAGCAUGGCUCAGCCCAGGCAGAUCCAGGUCUUCCAGGACACUGGGAGCCUGCUGCACUCCUACAUGGGGGAGUGCCUGACCUCUGUGUGCUCCAUCAACGUCGUGCACCCCAGCCAGAGCAUCCUGGUGGGGGGCAACUCCAGCGGCCGCCUCCAUGUGUUCAAGUAGAAAGUACCUUAGGUCUUGAUUUUCUGCCUUUCUGCAUUGACUUUGUUAAUUCCACUUUGAGCAGUUCCCAAGCUGACUGUUGCUUCUCAGGACAGAAAUGUACUUUGAAAGUCUUAAAAUAAAUUGUUUAAGCUACCUUUGGCUUCACUGCCUGUGUCUUCCAUGGAAAUAAAAGUGGUCC